AUGAAACUUCAACAAGGUCCGAGAGCAACAUUGGCCUUUACCUUAAACUGCUUGGCCUUCGCCUUGGCCGUUUCAGCUGUAACAACCAGCUACUGGUGUUCUGGAACGAGGAAGGUAGUGAAGCCCUUGUGCACAGGUCCUGCAAAAAUCAAGCAGAACUACUGCAUCCACUUUAAUAGCUCUGAUGUGAACAACACACAUCUGGUGCAGUAUAUUUACGAGACUGGAGAAGAAAUGUAUAUACUGAAAAAAUUCCACACAGGCAUUUGGUUCACUUGUGAGCAGUCUGCUGACCUAUUGGGAUUCACCUGUAGAACAUUUUUAGAGAUUGCACCUGAUCAUGAAAGAGGGGUGUUAUGGCUGUGCAUUAUUGGUGAAUGCUUGUACAUCACUUUGCUGUUUAUUGGAGUCUCACUCAUGGCAAUGGAUAUGAGUCACUGUGGUAACAGGAUGAACCAACUCAAGCUGAAUGCUUUUGCAGCCCUGUUCACUGCACUUUCAGGUCUGUUUGGCAUGGUAGCACAUAUGAUGUUCACUACAGCCUUUCAGCUUACAGUCAUUUUGGGUCCAGAAGAUUGGAAACCCAAAAACUGGGACUACAGCUGGUCUUAUCUUUUGGCCUGGGUCUCCUUUGCUACCUGCAUGGCCUCAGCUGUCACUUCUCUCAACCACUACACCAAAACCAUUAUCCAAUUCAAGUUCAAGCGGAAGAACAUUGUAAACAACUUGGAGCUUUUGGGACUGCACAUGCCUGUAGGAUUAUGGGAUACAUAUCUGAGCUCGGGCCUUGAUCCUACAGACCAGCACAUGUCCUUUGAAGUGAAAGUGACACCAGACUACUUUCCUCUUCAUCCCAAGACACUGCAACACUGCACUCAGUGUGAAGAAUACAGCUAAGUCCAAAUGUCCAGUCACUGAAGUUCUAUUUUCCCUACAGGUGAAAAGUAUAGUAUUUGAGUAUGCAGUUCACUUUAGGGUACUUUAUUUGUGUGCAGUUAUAUCGGUUUUGCUGACACUUGUGUAGUUUAAAAAUAAAAUAUCUAUCUGAUACCUUUAUUUUGAUAUAAAUAAAUUUGACAUAUAUAAAUAUACGUAAAGAAAUUAAAAAUGCACUCAACUCCAGAAUAUGCAAAUUUGAAAUAGUUCAGUUUCAAGAG